AAAUGAUCCAAAUUGAAUAAAAACAGUUGUGUUACGUCCACCUUCCUGCCAGUCUGCCACCACCUUUGCUCAUUGGCGGUGGAACAGAAACAACCCCUCCAUUUCCUUCAUAUAUAAUCCCAUUUCGCCAUUUCCCUCAAACCUCUCAACCGUCUUUCUCUCUCUCUCUCUCUCUCUCUCUCUAAACACACAGAUAGACACUCUUUCUCUCUCUAAAAAACAAACACCACCGCCUCCUCUGCCUCGCCGGCGGCGAUAUUCCCGACCGCCGCCUCGCUGUUCUCCUCCGAUUCACUGCUUCAAAUUCCACGCGUUGGAUUCGCCGCUGAAUUUAACCGUUGAGGAGUUUUCAGAAUGGCCGCAACUGAAGAUCUUGUGAGUAAUGCAGCUGCUGCUGCAGAGAAUUCUGUAGACCAUGCCACAAGUACUACAGAAAAUCCUAUAAAUGACAAAAGUGUCGAAGAAAAUCAUGCAAUAGAGAAAGCAGAUUCUUCAGAAAAUGCUGUGAAGACUAAAGCACCUGAUGGAGAAAAUCUGGCAAGCGACCAACUAGGUGGUGCAGAAAGUCUUGCAAAUGACCAAUCAAACGGCGCAGUAAAUAAUUUAAAUGACCAAGUAGGUGGUUCUGAAGUUUCUGUGAAUGACCAAAUAGAAUUUGAUGAAACUCCUGGAAAGAAUGGAGCAGGUGGUACUGGAAAUCCUACCAGUGAUCCUGCAACGGUUGCAGAAAAUCCUAUAACCGAUCAAGCAUGUGGUGUGGAAAACCCUGCAAACGACCAACCAAAUGAUGCAGUAAAUCAUGUUAAGAACCAAGCAGGUUCUGAAAAUCCUGUAAAUGACCAAGCGAAUGUUGGAGAAACUCCUGUGCACAACGAAGCAGGUGGUGCUGGAAAUCCUAUGAGUGACCAAGCACCUGUUGCAGAAAAUCUUGUAAAUGACCAAGCAAGCAGUGCAGUAAAUUCUGCUAAGGACCGAUCAGUUGAUGCAGAAAAUCCUGCAAGUGGCAAUGCAGGCGAUACAGAAGAUUUUGUAAACGAUAAGCCAUCUACUGCAGAAAAUGUUGCAAAUAAAAAAGCAGGCGAUGUAGAAAAUCCUGUAAACAACAAAGUGGACCAUGCAGAAACUCCUUUAAAUGACAAAGAAAGUGCUGCAGAAAAUCUUGUAGAAGAUGAAGCAGAUGCUGCUGAAACCCCUGUGAUAAGCAGAGAAGAUCGCAUUCCAGAAGAAGCAAAGGAGAUACUGAAAUCACUGGCUGAUAAAUGGGAGGAUGUACUUGAUGCAAGUGCAUUGCAGGUGAUCCCUCUGAAAGGGGCAAUGACAAAUGAGGUGUUCCAGAUAAAGUGGCCAACUACAACAGGGGAAAUCUCUAGAAAGGUUCUAGUUAGAAUUUACGGUCAGGGUGUGGACAUUUUCUUUGAUAGGGCUCAUGAGAUACGGACAUUUGAAUUCAUGUCAAAGAAUGGACAGGGACCUCGUCUAUUAGAACGUUUUACCAAUGGUCGUAUUGAAGAGUUUAUCAAUGCACGGACUUUGUCAGCAUCUGAUCUCCGUGACCGAUCUACUUCUGCUCUUAUAGCAGCCAAAAUGAAGGAGUUCCAUGAUCUAGAUAUGCCUGGUGAAAAGAAAAUCUACCUUUGGGAUACAUUGCGAAAUUGGCUUCGUGAGGCCAAACGUUUGUCUUCCCCUAAAGAAGUUGAAGCCUUUUAUUUGGACACAAUAGACAAGGAAAUCUCUAUUUUGGAAAAGGAACUAUCAGGUGCAGACCAACAUAUAGGAUUUUGCCACAAUGAUUUACAAUAUGGUAACAUAAUGCUUGAUGAAGACACCCAUUCCGUGACCAUAAUUGACUAUGAAUAUGCAAGUUAUAAUCCUGUGGCAUAUGAUAUAGCAAAUCACUUCUGUGAGAUGGCUGCUAAUUAUCAUACAGAAACACCUCAUAUUCUUGAUUACAAUAAAUAUCCUGAUGUUGAGGAGCGUCAGAGAUUUGUGAAGGAAUAUUUAAGUUCCUCAGGUGAGCAACCAAGUGAUAGUGAAUUGGAGCACCUACUUCAAGAAGUUGAGAAGUAUACACUUGCAAAUCAUCUAUUCUGGGGCCUUUGGGGAAUAAUUUCGGCACAAGUGAACCAAAUCGACUUUGACUACAAGGAGUAUGCGAAGCAGAGGUUUCAAGAGUAUUGGGCACGGAAACCUUAUCUUUUAAGCUCUGAUGCACCUUCUCCUUAUAAUGCCCCCGAGGGUACAGGAGAACUUGCAUCCACAUUGCCUUCGAAAAAGAACUCUGGUAUCUUCAGGAAAAUGAAGAGGGUUUUGGGUCUCGGCUUGUUCAGGUCGAAAAACUAAAGUAACCUACCAAGGUUCCUGCAGAGACUUUUUUUUUUUCAUUUUUUUUUUACUUUGUCCAUGUGUAAAAAUAUCAAAGUGAGAAAAAAAAUCAAGAAACGCGAGUAAUGUACUAAACUAGUAUUGUAUUUUGGCAAUAUAUGUUAUUCGGGCCUAGAGAAAUUUACCUAAGGAAGCAAUUGAAACAACACCAUUUUGACUAACUUACAGUCAUGAUGUUGUUUUCAAGUCAUUUAGGUUGCAAUAACAAUUUGAAAUUCCAUGUAUGGAUUACUGAAAUAUGAUGUUUGAUCAAUUGGUCGAAUUGGAUGAAGUAA